UAAGUGAGUGUGUAAGUGAGUGUGUAAGUGAGUGUGUGAGUGUGUGUCUGGUUUCAGAGGAUCUCUGGAAGCUCUCAGAGUGGCCGAGUGAGAAUGUUUGGGAGGUCGCUCCACUCGCUGAUGGACGUCAGCGGCGACGGCCUCAGGGAUUUGGCCGUGGGAGCGUUGGGCAACGCCCUGGUGCUGAGGUCUCGUCCGAUAGUGAACGUGAGCUUGACCCUCACGUUCAAGCCCGCACGGAUUCCUCUGCAUGAUCAGAGAUGUCCCAACCCAUCCUCCACCUCCUCCUCCUCCUCCUCCUCCUCCUCCACCUCCUCAUCCUCCUCCACCUCCAUGAUCACCCUCAGCGUCUGCUUCGUCUCCCACAGCGCCCACGUGGAGAGAAACGUCCCCACCCUGGUGGCCACCUACGACAUCUCGCUGGACGUGGGCAAGCGAGCGCCAAGAGCGACCUUCAACAGGGCAGCAUCCUCAGCAGCCUCCUCAGCCUCCUCAGCCUCCUCAGCCUCCUCAGCAGCAGCCUCAGCAGCAGCCUCAGCAUCAGCAGGAGCCGUGGGCACGAGCUUCAAGCGGAGUAACGUCAGCGUGGCCGGCGGAGCAGAGAGCGGCAAGGCCUGCGUUGAUAUCAAAGUCUACAUAGCGUGUGAAUCUGAAGAUCUCUCCACCGCCAUCUCCAUCGGCGGCAACUUCUCUGUAGAGUCUGUAGACGCUACAGAGCCCAGUGCAGUGCUGAACCAGCUGGUGCCUAGCCACGUGACCACACAGCUCCAGUUCCAGAAGGACUGUGGAGCUGAUGAUCUAUGCAUUGCUGACCUGCAGGUGAAGAUCGCCCUGGAUAGCUCUGGGCCCCUGUUGCUGGGUGAGCUCCAGAACCUCACGAGCGUCGUGACUCUACGGAACUCCCGUGAGGAGUCGUACUCCACACGACUCACCCUCACCGUGCCGGGGAACCUGCAAUUCCGCUCCGCCACCUCAGCCUCCGCUCUAAGGAACUUUGACUGCUCCUUCACGAACGGGCAUCUCGUGUGUUCUGUUGACAACCCGGUGAUGAGAGCUUCUACAGAGGUGAGCCUGAGGUUCGUGUUUGACGCAGCCUGUAAUGACACGGCUGACACAUCGCUCACCAUCGCUGUGUCAGCUACCUGCACCAACGAGGACAAGUCGACGCUGAUGGACAACUCCGCCACGGUGCAGCGCCCGCUGCUGUACGCCGUCAACGCCGUUCUCCAAGGAUCGGACUCUCUGCAUCUGAGUUUCAACAAGAGUGAAACGGAAGAUAAGCAAGUCAGCCUGUCAUUCACAGCUCAGAACCUGGGCUCCAUCCCGGCCACGGUGGAGCUGAUGGUCAGCGUGCCCACAUCGGGAGAGGACCGAGUGACCUUCCUGAGGGUAGACCAAGCCGUGACACAGCCCACAGGAGGAGUCUGUAAAACGUCGGACACCCCAGGUCGUGAUGACACCACCAGACCCACCAACCCCACCACUGUGGAUUAUCCCGUUUGGGACUGUCACAACAAGCUGUGUACCCACGUGCUCUGCUCCGGCCUCCUGCUCCGGCCAGGCGAUGCGAUGGACAUCACCCUGGCACUGACUCUAACUGUGCCCACAAUCACCAAGGAGGUUGAGAGUAAGUUGGUGAUCGUGAGCUCGGCCCAGCUGCACGUGGACACAAGUCGCUUCCGUCUCUCAUCCAGACACAACUUUCACUCCUCACAGGUGCGUCUCGUUCUGGAGGUUCACAAACUCCACAACAAUCUUCCCAUCAUCAUCGGCAGUUCAGUUGGAGGCCUUCUACUCCUUGCGCUGGUGACUGCCAUCCUGUACAAGACUGGCUUCUUCAAGCGUGACUACCAGGCAAAGCUGCAAGAGGCCGUGCAAGAAGGGCAGCAGAAUCCAGGGCAGCAGGAGCCAGGGCAGCAGGAGCCAGGGCAGCAGGAGCCAGGGCAGCCGGAGCCAGAGCCACUCUAGACCACACACACAGACAGACACAGAUAUACACACACACACAGACACACACA